AUGGCGCUCUUCUCGACAUCCCGACCGAAGACUAGAGCAGCGCCAUCACUCUGUGCAUUCCUGCUUGUGAUUCUUCAUUUAGCGGAUGCUUUGGGAGGUGAAAAGAUCUUUUUCACAACUCCUCUAGGAGCUUCCAACGUGUCCCAUCGUCAGAAUGUCUGUGAUCGAUUUUUUGCCUUCUAUGACGACAGGUUGGAGUUGCGGCGUGCUCUCGAAGGCCUGCAAUUACAUGUAUUUAUUGGUAAUUAUCAAGGAGCCUAUUUCAAUUACGAUCCAGAAAAUGGAAUCGACAAGUCGGAGCCUGGCCUGAUUCCAGUUAUUCUGGAUGAGGUGGGAAGGAGAGGAGGAUUCACCUGGCGAAAUAGCUUUGGCAUUUACACGGACCCAUCAGCACAUAACAUGACCUGGGAUGAAACGCUUCACUGGGGUAUAGAUUCCUAUGAUAUAGUGGCCGAUUGGUGGGCCCACAGUCUUGAUCGAAUGAACAAUGGUGUUGUUUUCAUAGAAGCGUUUCUAGAUUCUAGUAUGAUUAUGGUUACCAGGGAUGUGUUCCAGGCUCAGAGCAGUAGCGAUGUCACGAUUUCAUCAUUCUUCAACUGGCUCAAGCCCUACGACGCUGCAGUUUGGGCUGUGACAUUGUUUACCAUUUUCCUCAGUGGUAUUGUCUAUCAAAUCCUCGAAUGGUAUGCUGAUGAGCGAGAAGACAGAGGCAUGUGGGAAUGGUGGCUGGAGAAUGUUUACCUUAGUUUCAUGAAUUCGACACAAGCCUAUGAGUACCAACCCAAGACAUUGGCAAGUCGAAUCUUCGGCAUCAGCAUGGCCAUUUGGGCCCUUGUCAUGACUGCAACCUAUACUGCAAAUCUUGCUUCUCUCCUUGUGGAUAGACAAAUUCAAGGACCGCAAACACUUGAUGAGGUUGUCGUUGGUGGCAAAAAGAUGUGCGUUUGGGAGGAUACCUAUAUAGAUUUUCAUCUCCAGGACAACUACAGGAAGGCAGUCCGUAUUCCAAAACACUCAGAAUUGGAACAAUUUGAGGGACUUCUCAAUGGUGAAUGUGAAUACAUGCUUACAAGCUAUGCCACUUGGAGCAAGUUCAAGGGGAUUCGAGAGUACAAUAAAAAAUGCGACAUGUAUUUGGUGGGGGGCAAAGAAAAGGAGCUUGGAUCUGGUUUUGCUCUUACUGCUGAUUCAGGAAAAUUAUGCACUGGAUUGAUUCGUGAUGUCCUCGAUUUACAUAUGCGAGACAUAAUCGAGGAGGGGUUCCUGGCACGGGCUUGGGCAAAUGAAUUUGAGAGAACCAAGACCAUUGAUUGCCUCACCUACAAACCAGAAAUUAAGGAGGCCCAAGACGAGGAGGGUGCCCGCAAACGACAGCUGCGACAAGGACAUGACAAUUUUCACCCUCAGCUCCUCGCACUCGUAGUAGCACUGCUAAAAGAGGACAUCGAGCACUCAAGGCUGGCGGAAAAGCUGCUGCUGGUGGAUCUGUUGCGGCUAUGGGCGAUUCUCCCGAUGAAGAUGCACAAAAGCUUACUCUGGAGCAGAUGA